UUUUUUUUGGUUUGCGUCAAUAGCUAUUACACGCUGGUGUCGUUCGUUUGUUUACAGCUUAGCGACGCGCGUUCCCGGGGGACCAAUGACCCGGGACAUACAGCUGAAUCUUCGGAGAACGGCAAAGAACAUCUCUGCAUGCGAGCUUUCUUUUUCCCCCGAUGUUCCUUCCUUUUUUUUUACUAAAGACAACGAUAUCCCGCGUUAGUACCACUCGAGUGCCAUCACGUUUAAAAGCGUUCCGCAACGCACACAUACUUCAGCCCCGCGAGCGAAGCAACGAAAUGUGCGCUGCCGCGACGGCUCGUCUUCCACCCUUAAUCUCAACACGGCGGCCACGCACGUCGCCGGAAAGGGUUGCGUCGCGCGAUAGGGGAGACCUUGGCGGUGCCUUGUGGCGACGGCCAGCUGAGGACGCGGCGUCGCAAUAAAGAUCGAAACCGGGCGGCCGCGAGCGUAUGUUGCAUGCCAUGCACGUACGCGCCAGCACGCGGUGACGAUAAACAAUUGUGAUGCGGUCAAGCUAUUGGCGACGGGUCGCCUACACGCCGAGGAGGAGGAGGAGUUUCUCAACGUGUAGAGGAAUCACAGCCGCCGAGUCCACUGAGUUCCUGUGAGAGAUGGCUCCACCGCAUCGAUGGAUGUGGCCAUGGCUCGCGGGCCUGAUCCUCGCAGCGGUUACGACCGAGUCCCACGGAGCUGCCAGGCAAGCUGUGCAAGGCGAUAACGAGGACGAAGAUCUGGCUGAGAUGUACGCCGGCUACGCAAACUAUCUCGUUACCCAAAUGUAUAACAGAGUAACCAACGCUGAUUGGAACUACGCCAACAACCUCACGGAGUACAACAAGAACAACAGCGUGAAGGCGACACUGGAGAUGCAAAAACUGGAGAAGGAAGUCUGGAAAAAUGUCACCAAGUACAAAUGGACAAAGUUCGAGGAUCCGGUGACGCGAAGAAUUUUCGAAAAGUUGUCAGUUCUGGGUACUCCCAUUCUGAGCGAUGACAAGCAAAAUGAGCUCCUGAACAUAAUUGCGGAAAUGCAAGAAAACCACGCUUCGGGAAAGAUAUGUCCUUUUCUCCGAAAAACUAACACGUCAGAGGAAUGCAACUUGUCUUUAGAACCAGAGAUCAAAAACAUCCUCAAGGACUCCCAGAAUUACUACGAGCUUCAGCACGUAUGGAACGAGUGGCGGAAGGUUGCGGGGAAGCCUAUGAAGGAGAGGUACCUGCGCUACGUCGAACUCAUGAACGAAGCAGCCAGACUGAACGGCUUCAUGGACGCGAGCGGUCUCUGGCAGGACGUGUACGAGUACGACGGCCUCGAGAGGAACAUGGCCAAGCUGUGGGAGCAGCUGUUGCCACUGUACCAGGAGCUGCACGCGUACGUACGCAGCAAGCUGCGUGCCAUCUACGGCCCGGACAAGAUUUUGGAAGACGGACCCAUCCCGGCACACCUGCUCGGUCACAUCCACUCGCAAGAUUGGAUUGCGUUAACCAAAAUGAGCCGACCAUACCCGAACAAACCUGCAGUUGACGUCACAGGUGCCAUGAAAGAAAGGAACAUGACGGUUCUCGACAUGUUCAAGAUGUCUGAGGAGUUUUUCACCUCGAUGGGCCUCCCACCAAUGCCUAAAACGUUCUGGGAGCGGUCGGUGCUGACAAAGCCGACAGAUAGAAAGAUUGUGUGCCAUGCUUCCGCUUGGGAUUUCUACAUCGGCAAGGAUGUAAGGAUCAAGCAAUGCACAGAAGUGAAGAUGGAUGAUCUGCUCAUUGUGCACCAUGAAAUGGGCCACGUUGAGUACUUCCUCAAGUAUGCCAAGCAGCCAGUCUUCUUUAGGACUGGUGCAAAUCCUGGUUUCCAUGAGGCUAUUGGAGAUACUAUUGCGCUCUCUGUGGCCACGCUGAAGCACCUGAAGGCAGUUGGCCUGCUGCAAGACAGAAUGGAGGACGAAGAAACGGACAUCAACUACCUGCACAGUAUUGCCAUGAGCAAAGUGGCUAUCAUCCCCUCGGUUUACAUUUUUGACCUCUGGAGGUGGAACGUGUUCAAGGGCAACUACAAGUCGGAAGACUACAACAAGGCUUGGUGGACCCUGCUACUGAAUUACCAAGGAAUUUGUCCUGGUGUCCCACGAGCCCUGGAUGACUUCGACCCACCAUCGAAAUACCACAUAUCUGCCAACGUACGAUACAUAAGGUACUUUGCAAGCAUCGUGUUGCAGUUCCAGUUCUACAAGGCACUUUGUGAAGAAGCCAAUCACACUGGCCCAUUGUACAAGUGUGACUUCUACAGGUCGAAAGAAGCAGGAAAAUUAUUUGGAGAUGUAAUGGAGCUGGGAUAUUCCAAACCAUGGCCGGAAGCCUUGGCCAUGCUAACCAAAGGCAGGACGAGAGAAAUGGAUGCCAGUGCACUAUUGGAGUACUUCGAACCACUCUAUCUAUGGCUCAAGGAGUACAACAAGGGAACAUACGUUGGCUGGAGGAACGACAACCCGACUUCUUGCCCAACAGCUACGAGAAUCUGCCCUAGAAAGAGAGAAGGCAAAGACAGGAAAGUCAGGGAGGUCAACCAGAAGAAAAUCCGGAGGUCAACCAGAAGAGCACCUAGAAAGUAUAAAUAAGCAGGGGCUCAACACCCCAGUUACCUGUUUAAGUGAUUUGCUUUGCGGUCUACAUUUCGAGAUCUAUAAAGCUUAAGCGUUAUGAUUCAUAAGCAUUAUGAUUCCAAAUGAGGCCUGCUACUUUUGCAUUUAUACAACACUUCUUUGCCAAAGUAGUGCUUUCAGCAGUAACUGUGUAACAUGUCCUCCUAGGAUAAGACUACGCGAACAUCGUAGAACAUUGUGGAGUUUAGUGCCCCGAAACUGCAUAAGGUGUUAUCAGCGGCGCCUGAGCGAGGGGAACUCCGGAGUAAUUUUGAUCACCUGGAGUUCUUUAAAGGGACACUAAAGAGAAACAUUACAUGUGUUUAGACGAAUAAAGUAUCAUUUAGAAACUUG